UCCUACAGCAUGUCGUCUUCGCCCGGCGGAUCAGCACAAUCUGCAAAAGGGCCGCCGUACCCGCCUGAUAAUGCGAGCCUGGGCGGCGUCCCUACUACUAUUCCAGAUGUUGUUGUAUCGGUCCUGUUCCUCCUCUUUUUCAGCAUUUUCGCGAUCACACAUAUCGUCAUCCUGAAAAAGAACAAAAAAAGGGAGCACAAAUUCAUCUUCAACGGGCCUUUAGCUGCGUUCUGUGUUAUCAGAGUUAUAACGGCCUCUCUUCGCAUUGCCUGGUCUCAGCAUCCAUUUAGUAUCAAAUUGGGGAUCGUAGCAACAGUCUGCGUUUACGCCGGCACGAUUUUGAUCUUCGUCAUCAACUGGUUUUUUGUUCAACGAGUUAUACGAGCGCAACACCCACGACUCGGCUGGUCAGCAGCAUACAAGGUCAUCCAUGUAGCGGCAAUUGCGGCAGUUCUUAUCUGUUUGCUAAUGGUAGUGGUGGGUGCCAUACAACCAUUUCUCACCCUCGACAAGCGCAUUCGUGCAAUCGACCGCCGUCUGUAUCUCGCCGGGCAAACGUAUUUUGCAGUAUUCUGUUUCGCUCCGGUAGUAUUGAUCUUAUUCUCGCUUGCGCUCCCAAGGCACGGAACAGACAAAUUCGGUGCUGGUCGUCUGCGAAACAACAUAUCAAUCCUGUUGACUGCAACGCUCAUCCUAUCAAGUGGUUCCAUUUUCCGGGCUGUCAUUGCAUGGCUGCCUGCUACACCUCUACGUGAUCCCGAGGGUCGACAUAUCCCGGAACCUUGGUAUUUUCAUAAGGCUUGUUUCUAUACCUUUAACUUCACGACGGAACUUCUUGUGGUCUUUAUCUACGCCAUUACACGCGUUGACCUACGUUUCCACGUCCCCAAUGGCUGCACCGAGCCAGGCGAUUACAAGCGUAAGAGCGCGUACAGCAUCCAGCUCAUUGGCGAUGAUCAUAAAUUGAAACGGCAAUCAUCCAGGAGACACAGCAUCCGUUCUGCUGGGUCCAACUUGACUGUCGAAGAGUACGAGGGUUCCCUCUUCGAUGAUUCUCGGACACUGGCCAACUCGUUGCGCUUUCCUUCAACUGUACUGGAGGUUGAUCGCAAAAGUGGAACCUGGAAGACAAAGAAGAUGUCCCGGGCCCCUUCCACGAGUAGUUUGAUGCAAUCUGAAUCAUCAAUGGCCAACUCACUCUGGGAUGUGCCGACCACUGAACAAAUGCCUCCACUUCCUAACACCGAAUGGCCCCUCCGAGAUUCCCAGGUAACCGUCUCCCCCAGGGACUCUCAGACCACCUUUGGGCAUAAAGUGAAGCAGAGCUACCGCAGCACCUCACCUGUCGGAUCGUCCCGAACUAGACGCAGCGUAACUAUGACGACCGCUCUAGACAGAGAUGAAGUCAUAAGCGAGACUUUCAAGAAACUCGAAGGAACAAGCAUCGAGCUUGCCCAACCGCCACCCGUUUAUACUCGCGACUACACGCCUCAGAGGGCCAGCUAUGAUCCGAGCCUGAACCUAAACUUUUCCUUUGGUCACGGUAAAAAUCCUUCUUCCUCUGGACCCAUUGGCAAGCGAAGCUCUGCACAUCACAGGCACAGGCACACAUCCUCUCUGGGUUCCGACUUCACCAAACUAGUCAACAACGACAUCAAUGGAAGCGCGUUCUCUUCAAGACCAACACAUGUCAGUUGGGCACCCGAAUCCUCGACAAAAGGACACCACCAACGAGCCUCCGCAUCCUCUGAUCUUACAAGAGGAGACUAUUACCACAGCAGUCGCCGACCACAGCACCUCCACAGCUCCAGCGAACCUCCCCGCCGUGCAUCUCCCGAUUUUGUCAUUGUUGACAGAACACGGUAUCAAAUCGUUAGCCGGCCAUCUUCAUACUCAGCGCGCCCAUCUUCAUACUCAACACGACCAAGAACCCCACUCCACUUCCCGGCCUAUUCCUCAUCUUCACUUCCCGCCCCAGGACGUUCCGUGCCAAACUUCCAGACCGAAGCAAUGGAGAUCCCUACUUUUGAACUUGGUGAAGCGCCAUCGAGAUCGCGCAGCUUGAGCGAAAGUGAUAAGGGGUCAGACGGUCGAUCCAGCAAUCGCGUCGUGGAGUGAAUGGAUGUUGCUCUAAUUGUGUGGUGAAAUGUGGUACGAAACGAAGAUAUAAUUCGCGUGUUAAUCGCACUUCUAUAACCAGCGCUGGCGUUUCAAAUAGCCUUUUCAUUCCCUAUGUUCUUUCCUAUAUGAAGCGAGGCUCUACAUCCAUGGGCCCGAAUACGACGGUAAUCACAUGCGGUAUAUUAUGAAGUGGCUUUUGUACAAACAGAGAUCGAAGGAGUUUAGGUGGGCAUUCGUUCGUUUCUUUCUUGACAAGACAGCCUCUGCGCGCUCUCUAUUUUCAUUUGUUUUCUCUCAUUUCUUUCUCUUUGCUUCCAUUCUCACUUGUUGUUGAACACCUUGUCACCAUAACUUUCUUUUUCUUUUCCUCCCUUUAGAUAUCUUUAUACCCUAUAAUACCAAAAACGAGAAAAAAAAUCAAUUCAUCAUAUUGAAUGCACCUAUUCCCAAUUACUGACUCUACGUAUCUCCAUGACCAAUAUUUCAACCACGGCCAUUGACGCUUGUGAAACCGACUAAGAGUAACUGUGGACUAAUUUUUACAACGAUGCAAGAGAUGAAUAUGACUAGCUUUCAUCUGAGUAAUACUUCCCUCUUCCCUCUCUUUUUCUUCUCCGUUGUCUCACGUUUCUAGUGUUCACAUGGCUAGCCGGCAAGUGACGCACGACGGCCAUUUUCUAUGAGCGAACCCACAUACAUAACACGCGCGCACAAACACACGCACGAACGAUCCCUCCGUCUCCAUGUCAAACUUCCUCUAGAAAAAAAACCUUAAAUUCCCCCUCAAACCUGCUAGAACCGUAAACAAAACAAGAAGAAGAUAGAGAGAAGAAGCAAAGACAUGCUUUAGCAGCAAGCCAGCCCGAACCUUAAAUUCACGCACGCAUCUGCGCACGCACACCCACACAGGUACACAUGCGCGUAUCUUCAUUUCUUCAUCGUUCCCAUCUGUCUAUUGUCAUCUCCUUUCUCUUGAUGAUCUCCAUCUCCUUCCCGCAGUUCAGUUAUGCAAUGGCGGUCUUCUGCUGAUCAUCCUCGUCGGGUAUCGAUAUUUUUGACAUGAUUCCGGCACGGUUGUAGAAACGAAAGGAGGGGGGGACUGUGAUGAUUUAUACUUUACGAGUGAAUGUAUUGGCAAUCUCUUGACGAGUUAUUCGCCCCCUCUUCAUCCCCUCUAUCUCGCGUUCCCUCCCCCCUUUUUUUUUCUUUGUGCGUAUCAUGCGUUUAUGCUGGAUACAAUUGCUUUGCUUUGGUGCAAUUCGCUCUAUACAACUGUUUAUCAGAAUGGAAUGAAGUCACACUAUCUCUCUCAUCCGCUUCAUCUAUCUUCUAAUGGCAAUUUUCAAAAUCUUUCUAUUGGUGCGCUG